AUGGAAUCUGGGAGAAGGGGAUGGAAUCUGGGAGAAGGGGAUGGAAUCUGGGAGAAGGGGAUGGAAUCAGGGAGAAGGGGAUGGAAUCUGGGAGAAGGGGAUGGAAUCUGGGAGAAGGGGAUGGAAUCUGGGAGAAGGGGAUGGAAUUUGGGAGAAGGGGAUGGAAUCUGGGAGAAGGGGAUGGAAUCUGGGAGAAGGGGAUGGAAUCUGGGAGAAGGAGAUGGAAUCAGGGAGAAGGGGAUGGACUCUGGGAGAAGGGGAUGGAAUCUAGGAGAAGGGGAUGGAAUUUGGGACAAGGGGAUGGAAUUUGGGAGAAGGGUAUGGAAUCAGGGAGAAAGGAUGGAAUGUGGGAGAAGGGGAUGGAAUCUGGGAGAAGGGGAUGGAAUCUGGGAGAAGGGGAUGGAAUAUGGGAGAAGGGGAUGGAAUCUGGGAGAAGAGGAUGGAGUCUGGGAGAAGGGGGUUGGAAUCUGGGAGAAUGGGAAUGGAAUUAGGGAGAAGGGGAUGGAAUCUGGGAGAAAGGGAUGGAAUCAGGGAGAAGGGGAUGGAAUCUGGGAGAAGGGGAUGGAAUUUAGGAGAAGGGGAUGGAAUCUGGGAGAAGGGGAUGCAGGGAUGGAAUCAGGGAGAAGGGGAUGGAAUCUGGGAGAAGGGGAUGGAAUCUGGGAGAAGGGGAUGGAAUCUGAGAGAAGGGGAUGGAAUCUGGGAGAAGGGGAUGGAAUCAGGGACAAGGUGAUGGAAUCGGGGAGAAGGGAUAGAAUCUGGGAGAAGGGGAUGGAAUCUCGGAGAAGGGGAUGGAAUCGAGGAGAAGGGGAUGGAAUUUGGGAGAAGGGGACGGAAUCUGGGAGAAGGGGAUGGAAUCUGGGAGAAGGGGAUGGAAUCUGGGAGAAGGGGAUGGAAUCUGGGAGAAGGGGAUGGAAUCUAGGAGAAAGGGAUGGAAUCAGGGAGAAGGGGAUGGAAUCUGGGAGAAGGGGAUGGAAUUUAGGAGAACGGGAUGGAAUCUGGGAGAAGGGGAUGCAGUCAGAGAGAAGGGGAUGGAAUCGGGGAGAAGGGGAUGGAAUCAAAGAGAAGGGGAUGGAAUUUGGGAGAAUGGGAUGGAUUUGGGAGAAGGAGAUGGAAUCUGGGAGAAGGGAAUGGAAUCUAGGAGAAGGGGAUGGAAUCUGGGAGAAGGGGAUGGAAUCUGGGAGAAGGGGAUGGAAUCUGGGAGAAGGGGAUGGAAUCUGGGAGAAGGGGAUGGAAUCUGGUAGAAGGGGAUGGAAUCAGGGAGAAGGGGAUGGAAUCUGGGAGAAGGGGAUGGAAUCUGGGAGAAGGGGAUGGAAUCGGGGAGAAGGGGAUGGAAUCUAG